UUUGAUGUUAGAAAUGAUGAAGCGAGCUGUUCAGUGGUCCGCUCUACAAUGUGUACGGAGCAUGUCAAACCCCUCAGUUCAGAUCCCAGCUGUAGAUAAUGCUCCCUUCUCUAACUUCAUGCCUGGUAGCAAGCUUCUUCAGGACGUCAAGCAGGAAGUGGACCAGCUCAGAAAGGAACCUAUGGAUAUUCCAAUUGUGAUAGGAGGAAAAGAGAUAAGAACUGAUAACGUACACUAUCAGAAGAUUCCACACGACCACCAAGUUAACGUAGCUAAGUUCUGCUACGCUGAUAAGUCCCAAAUAUCAGACGCUAUUGAGUCCUGCCUUGCUGCCAGAUCUAAAUGGGAGCUCACCCCCUGGGAGCACAGAGCUGCAGUGUUCCUAAGAGCUGCUGAGUUGUUGGAGGGUAAAUACAGAGCUAAGAUCCUGGCAACAACAAUUCUGGGUCAGAGUAAAACACUGCAGCAGGCAGAUAUAGACGCCGUAGGGGAGACCAUAGACUUCUACAGGUUUGCAGUUAAUUACGCAGAGGACUUGUACAAUAUGCAGCCUGAACAUCACAGCAAGGGUAUCUGGAACAGAAUCGAAUGGAGAGGACUAGAGGGAUUUAUCGCUGCGAUAGCACCGUUUAACUUCACAGCUAUUGGUGGUCAGCUGUGGGGUACACCUGUUCUCAUGGGUAACAGCGUGAUGUAUAAACCAUGUGACACUGCUAUGGCUGCAGGCUACGUGCUCUACCAGCUACUUCAGGAGGCUGGCAUGCCUGAUGGAGUGUGUAACUUCGUGCCAUCAGAUGGCCCUCUGUUCGGGGACACAGUAGUAGCUCACAGGGACUUAGCAGGGAUCAGCUUUACAGGCUCCUCACCUACAUUCCGCACAUUGUGGAGAGGGGUCGGGGAGAAUAUAGAGAACUACAGAACCUACCCGCGACUAGUUGGAGAGACAGGAGGGAAGAACUACCACCUGGUCCACCCUACUGCCUGCGUGGAGAGUGUUAUUAACGGCACCAUCCUCGCUUCCUUCGAGUACUCCGGCCAGAAGUGUAGUGCUUGUUCCAGGAUGUACAUUCCUGCUUCAGUCUGGGACCAGGUCAGAGACAAGCUAGUCUCUUCCACAGAGGCUCUUAAUAUUGGUUCUGCCGAGGACGCCAAAUCCUUCACAUCGGCAGUUAUUGACGCCAAGAGCUUCUCCAAGAUUAAGAGUUAUGUUGACUUUGCUCGAGAGGACAGUUCAUGCGAGAUUAUAGCUGGAGGAGUCUGUGAUGAUAGUGUUGGUUACUACGUGCAGCCUACCAUAGUCCUCACUACAGACCCCCAAUGUAAGCUGCUACACGAGGAGAUAUUCGGCCCCGUGUUGGCUGUGUAUGUGUUUGAGGACGCGGAGUGGGACGAUACUGUUAAACUGGUGGACAGUACCUCGCCUUACGGGCUUACUGGUUCUAUCUUCUGUAGGGACAGGUCUAUCCUACACGAGACACACAAAGCACUACGACACACAGCAGGCAACAUCUACUUCAACGACAAGAGUACAGGAAGUGUGGUGGGUCAGCAGCCUUUCGGGGGGUCACGUGCCAGUGGAACAAACGACAAGGCUGUCAGCCUGAACCUCAUAUCAAAGUGGACAUCCCCUCAGGCGAUUAAAGAAACCUUGGUCCCCCUUACUACCCACUCCUAUCCCUACAUGGAACAGUAGUGGAGCAUACACUUUAAUUUAUUUUCACGAACCUUUUUUGGAUAUUUUGCAUGCUAAAUUUGUAAUUCAUAUAUUGGGAACAACAGGUUCUUUAAUAGUUUAAUAUUAUAAAUAUAAUACCAGUUUGGAGGUUUUCACAUUAAUAUUUUAGUUAUAUCCUAUUUUUUGUGUACAUGUGUUGAUGUCAAGUAUAGUAAUAGUUUUGUGAUUUACACCAAUUUAUAAUAA